CGAUCUCAUCUUUUUGGAGAAAAUGGACCAGAUCAAGAUUGGUGGACACAAUUCAUGAGAGAUUACUCAGAAUUAUCAUUUUGUGUUUCUCAGGAAUUAUCAGAAGUGUAUACGCAAAAAGCCAAUAAA